UUAUUCUUUGAGAUAGUAGAAACAACAACAGGCUUAUUAAGUAAGUCGAUGAUAUUUCUAAUGAUUAAUUUCUGAACCCUGUGAUGUCGAUUAACAGUACAUUCAUAGCGGAACGAUCCAAAACAUCCAUUUCAACAUGGGGCCCUCCUGUUUUUGUUUGUGCUGGUCUACUAGCAGGAGUCUUAAUAUUAACAGCUGUGUAUCAUCGAUUAAAAAAGAUCCAGAAAAUGAGCACACAGUUCCACAAUGAAGCCCACUUCACGAUACCAAUAAUCCAUCCACAUCAACCUAUUGAAGAUAUUAAUGCUGCAAUUGUCCAACCUACUGAUGACAAUUACUUAAACCCUAGUCUAUACGAACGCGAAGACAACGAGUGCUCUCCUGGUGCACCCUACACAGGUCAAAGUCGACUCUGCUUCUCCACAGAAUAUGACAAAGAUACUGAAAAMCUGAAAGUAACGUUGAUAAGAGCAACUCGCCUAAUGCCAAAAGGCACCAACAUCACUACCACUCCUUACAUUAAACUCUGUUUGUUGCCUGAUAAAAGACGUAAAAUACAGUCACGAAUUCAACAUCGGACUUCCAAUCCUGAGUUUAAUGAAGAAUUUGUGUUUAUUGUACCCGAGCAUGAAUUGAACACAAGAACUCUAAGGCUCACUAUUUGUGAUUUCGAUCGAUUUUCGCGACAGCAAGUCAUCGGUCACGUGACAUAUCCRUUAAUAGACGUCGAAYUGAUAACAGGAGAAAAGAAGGAAGUAUGGAUGGAUAUCAUUGGUGAAGAGGAGACAAAGCCCACUCUUCACAAAGGAGAGUUACUGUUUUGCCUUCAGUUUCUACCGACGAUAAGUCGUUUGACAAUAGUUAUUAUGAAAGCAAGGAACUUGCAACUCGAUGGCGAGAAUAGCGAUCUUUACGCUUACGUGAAAAUCUCCAUGGUACUGGGCGGGAAAUCCUGCAAAAAGAAGAAAACAUCAGUCAACAAGAGAUCAAAUAGCCCARUUUAUAACGAAGCCUUCUCAUUCACWAUCCCACCAACUUGCCUCAGUCGUGUUAGCUUUAUCUUGUCAGUUAUAAGUGCACCGAGACUUGGUGGACAAAAGAAGCUGAUUGGAAGAUGCGUAGUUGGACCUUACAUGUACAGCACAGGGUCAGGAUUAGCGCACUGGAAUGAUAUGCUGCAUUCUACUCGCAGUGCUGUUGCACAAUGGCAUUCAUUGAUAUGAUCUCCACCCUUGGAACUGGCACAUUGGAAUAAAAUAUUUUUUUGCGAAAUUUAGGCCUAUGUUAUACGUCGAACUUCACAUAUGCCAAUUACAAUUCUUAUUUUAGUCGACAUUUAUUUACUUUGUACUUUACCCAUUACAAUUAAGUCAAUUUGGCUUUAAUAACGAUUUCGUUUAUUAAAAUAACAUCUUUAGUUGUAAAAACGGUUAAUAAAAGUACGUAAAUAAAACAACAAUGAGGGCUAUUCCUAUAUGUCCUUUUGGUCACAGCGAAAUACAUUUAUACGCGAAUAGUAUAAAUCCUAACCCACUUUCGAUAGGUCGCUUAUGUUUUUCAAUAUGGCGCGGAUAGCAUAGGCGAAUAAUUUAAAAAGGAACCAUUAGAUUUGACACGUGUGCGAUGCGACUGCCGCAUUGCUGUAUCUUCGGCGGUUUCAGUGGUAGAUUAUAUAAUUCAACAAGUGUCGAUUUCACGAUUUGUAAGCGGCAUCUGACAUGAAUUGUAUUCAGUACAUUCGACGUAUAACAUAGGCACAUAUUUAUUUACUWGAUUGCUCUUCUGACUAAAGCGGACGCAACAGGAAAAUUGAACGAUGACGUCUUUCUGACUACAACAGCAUGAUCAGUGUGAAACUUCAUACUUCAGUGAUAUUGUGUGACAAUAUCUUAUCAGUUCUUUGACUUCAGUUCAGUUUCAGUCCUUAAGUACUCUCGUGUUUUAGGGUUUCUCAGUACUUCGUUACUUCGACACUUCAGUCUGACUAUCUUUUGUGCACUGGCUUGUACACUACUUGUACACCAUUCUGGUACAGCACUUAAUAAUAAUAAUAAUGGAAACUUUAUUUGUUUAUAGAUUCAUACAGUUGAAAAUCUCACUACGUAUAGGCAAUUUACAACUGGCUACUUGAAUUGAUAAAAAAAUAUAUAUGAUAUAUGUAUAAUAAUAAUAAUAAUAAUAAUAAUAACGAAUUUCUGUUUAACAGACAACCAGAGUAGAGAUAUAAUUCAUACUGCUGGUGUUAAUUUAACUUAGAGUCGGCC